UUUUUGGAUUCUCGCUUUUGAGUUGAUGGGCUCCUCGCGGAGUUUGGGCUUUUCUUUUAUUUUUAUUUUUUUUAUUUUUUGUGAUUUGAUAUUUGAUUAUUAAUAUCCUGUUGAGAUCUGGAGCAAUGGAUUCAGUCAAAAGAUCAUUGAGGAGGAAGGGCUUGGGCAGUACGAAGAAAGUCAAAAGCUAAGCUUUGGUUUGUUGUCAGAGAUUUUAUUGUAGAUUCACUAAAUCAAGAACGUUGAAUUGGUGGACCUUUUUAUAGCGCUUGCCAUUUCAACUACAAUUGCGGCACAUAAGUUAGGAAUUGAAGUUUUGGUUCUGGACAUUUGAUUGAGUAGGGAAAUUUUGGUUCUGGACACCAAUACGGGAGCUCUUUUCCUUCAGAUAUGUAGAUUCGUUUAAACUAUUGUAUAUAAGAUUGGAGCUUUCUGCUCUUGGAUGGUUGUCUUAAUUCGGUGAUCUAUUGAUUGUUGGAAGCUUGAUAUGCGUGUAGAACGACUCAACUGUGCUGCUUUGUUUAGCUCAAUUGUGGACUGGUAGCUUGGGCUUCUUAUUCUUUAGGACGACCGACCAUUAUCCAAGGAAUUCCUAUGCUCUAUGCGACAGAGAAAAUGCCAUCAUUUAGAAGAACUAUGUCCCCGUUGCAGCGAGAUGGAGGAGCUGUACAAAACGGCGAAACAGCCUUUGAUAUUUCUCCUCCUCCUAAAUUGCCUCAAAAUAGGACUUACUUAGCCAUUGGGAGGUUGCUUAAUUCGUUGUUGAACUCUUUGGAUUUUCCUGGAGCUUUGUUUUCAAGAAGCUACCGGCCUGCUGCAGAGAGGUCAAAACCCAAAGGGCUGCACAUGAAACGGUCCUUCUUCCAUUACUGUCUUUGCUUUAUGCUAGGGAUUUUCGUAAGUUUCACACCUUUCUUCUCGGUUGAUGUCUCGAAGAAUUUGGCAUCAAGACAACAUGCAUUUUCUUUUGAGGAUACUGCUGUGAUCGAUAAUGCUAAGCAGAAGAUUAGUUCAGUGGAAAAAGAGAUUCUAUUUAUCGAAAAAUCACUAUCCAUUGAGAAUGGUAGCUUGGAAAUGAAAACCGAGGCGCUUGAUGCUUCAAAUGUUACGUUAUCUGCUUAUGCCACUCCCACUUCUCAGCAUGCGGGGUUGGUUCCCCACCAGCAACUGAUUAUUGUGACCCCGACAUAUGAGAGGCCAUUUCAAGCAUAUUAUCUAAAUCGAAUGGCUCAUACUUUAAAAGUCGUGCCACCUCCUCUCCUUUGGAUAGUUGUAGAGAUGUCGUCACAAUCGACUGAAACAGCAAAGAUCUUGAGGGAAGCUGGGGUAAUGUAUAGACAUCUUGUGUGCAAAGAAAAUGUCACUAGUAUAGGAAAUAGGGAGGCUCAUCAAAGAAAUGUGGCACUUUCUCACAUUGAGAAGCAUCAGCUUGAUGGUAUAGUGCAUUUUGCUGAUGAUGAUAGGAUGUAUUCAGUUGAACUCUUUGGCCAAAUGCGGCAGAUCAGGCGUUUCGGCGCAUGGCCAGUUGCAACGCUCAGCGAAAGCAAGAACAAGGUGUUACUCGAAGGUCCUGUUUGCAACGGGAGCCAAGUAAUCGGAUGGCACACUAAUCAAAGGAGCAAGUUAUCUCAAAGAUUUCAUCUUGAUAUGUCCGGCUUCGCAUUCAAUAGUACUGUACUUUGGGAUAUCAAAAGAUGGCACCGCCCAACUCUAGAGCCCAUUAGGCAACGUCACAGCUCCAAGGAGGGUUUCCAAGCGACCACAUUCAUCGAGCAAUUGGUUGAGGAUGAAAGUCAAAUGGAAGGCUUAUUGAGCAAUUGCUCUAAAAUUUUGGUUUGGCAUCUGCAUUUGGAAGCUCCUGAACUUCUCAAUCCUGAAGGCUGGUCAAUCCAGAAGAAUUUGGAGCUUGUCGUCCCUCUAACAUGAUCUCCUCUUCUCCUGAGCCAUUUCACCUACAUGGAUUGAGCCUCCUGCUUGGCUGGCUGCUUACAACUUCUUGUUCACUGUCUACUAGUUUUGCAAAGCGCCGAUCUUCUUCCUCUGUUUAUUUGAUGAGUUUUAGCUUUUUUUUAAUCAUUUUUAUAUUUUUAGAGUUAUUACCUUUUCCCUCUCGUCCUGGCAAAACAUAUUCAUGUACAGUGUUGAGUUUUGAGCAGGUUCUUCAAUUGUGCAAAUUCACAUAUGGAGGCAUGUACAAUUUUCUUCUUCUUCUUCAAGUAAAAUGAUAUCUUAUUUAUCGUUA